AUGAGACCCAUGCCGCUGUGGAACACGGUGACGAUGAUUGGCGGAACAAUUGUGUUUGUGGUGGUUCUGGUGUGCGUCGCCUUGCUCAACUCGAGAAGUGUCGCCGCCACUGCGACAACUGCGAGAAUGACCACUUCCGGUAAAAUGGCUUCCCUCUCGCAAACGUCCAUCCCAUCUAAAUUGGCCAGACACGGCCGCCGGAGCCGGCACAGGAAAAUGAAAUGGUCUGGCCUGAACAACUUUUCUCUGUUCGACCGUUUCAGCCGGUGGAAGAUUAUGAGGUUCCUUCCGAAGACUUACCUCAUUCAGCCGGUGUUUACCGAGGUAAACGUUGUCUAUACGCUAAACGUUCCAUUUUAUGUGCGCAUGUACAGAGAUCUAGAGGCGACGUAUGCGGCGCAUUCGAUGGAAUCGGUCAACGUCCUGGACCGGAACCCUGGCGAAGUGAAUGUUGGGGAGACGAAAGUCGAAGGACAUUUUUCACCCGCCGAUCCUCCUAGGCACUCAGCUAUAGAGGAAUAA